AAGAUAAAUCUUUACUUCCUGUUUCUUGAAGACUACAAAGAUCUUCAGGCUGGCAGCGGAAAAAGUUCAGCUUCUUCCCACAGACGGGACCGCUCGGCAGUGAAUGCAGAGACAGAGUGAGUGACUUUGUUCGCCUGUCCGAACCCGAACCCGAACCUGUGGCUGAGAGACGCCGACGUUCAGGAUGUCUUUCAAACAACAAGUGACGCCCCGAGCAGUCACUGCGGUGGCUUGGACCUCUAACUCUUCCACCUGCCCCAAAGACUUCACCCUGAUCAAUAUUACAGAAGAUGGAGUUGCAGCAAAUUUCUCCCGCAGCUUUGGGAAGUCUGGAUAUUACCUCUGUUACAGCAAGGACUUGGCAGGCGGCAUGGUGGUGACGGACAUUCAGAUCAUCACAGAAAGAGAGUCAAUUCCUCAUGGCUACUGCUACAUAGCAGAGCACCUUGAUUCAAAGGCUUCCGUCUCAAAGAAAAAGCGUGUGUGUGUACGCCUGACCCCAGUGGGCAGUGUGGACAUGGCUUUGCUGGACAUCAAACUGACGGCCAAAAGCAAAAUGCUGCUGCAACACUACACAUACGUGGGCGACAUCCAAGGGUAUGUUCUGUGGUGCAGAAAAGGACAUUUUUUGAACCCCACUCCCCAAGCUAAGCCCCGCAGCGUCAGCCUGGACAUGCGCAGGUUGUCUAUGGAUGAGGUGAAUCCUCCUUUACCGCUCAAACCCAGCAACCCUCCUCCUCGUCUGCCACCAGGCAGGAUAAGUCAGAGGCGCCGCAGCCUCAAUAAAGGAAACAGCUCAGACAAACAUUCUGACGGCAGUUUGCAGGGAAGUACAGCUCUGGAUGGAGUUCCCUUCACUCUGCACCCAGAUUUCAACAUCCAAUCCAAUGGAAUGCUGAACUCUCAGAUAAACAACAUCCAUAUCAAGUCCUUGAAUGACAUUGAAAAUGAGUAUAGCUACACGUUUGCUGUUGAGGAAUCUGCUGCCAAAAGAAACAGACCCUCACUAUUCUCCAGAAGUUCCUUCUCAGCUCAGUGAUUUUGAACACAUUUUGGUCUUUCUCUGAGAAGCUUUUCUAAGGUAGAGUCUCAAAUGAAGGAAAUGUUGUUCCCAGACUUUGGUUUAACAUUUUGGUUCUGUUUUGUCUUUUGGGGAAAGUUUCUCUCACAGAAACCUCAUUUGAAUCACAAACAUCCUGUUUUUCAACAUAAAGAUGUCUGUUUGAAUAACAUAAAAUAUGUGGAUUUCAAGACUCAACAACCAAAUCGAACAUUUUGCCUUGAAUUACUAGAAUUUUAAAUACGGGAUAUCUUUCUUUAUUUUCUUGUUUUUGUUUAUACAAAAAAAGUUGCACUUUUCCAGCUGUUGUUUUGCUCUUAUGAGUAUUUACUUAACUCUUGAUCUGUUUAUUAUGUUCAUAUGUAAUCACUUUUCCCUACAGACCUGUAAAAUACUGUAUGCUAAGCCAAGUAGAUAAAACUGUCUUUAUAGAAUAAAAUGUAGUUACUUUAUAUUUGUUGGUUUAUGUCAACUAUUAAAAUGUUCUGUUAAAUAUAGUUUCCAAGUAUGGGCCAAAUAUUUAUAAAUGGUGAAUACAUUUUAUUUUGUUAUUGUGUUGAAUGUUACAGCAAACUUAUCCUGUAUGGAAAAUAAAAUGUAAAAAAAUAA